CCUCUAACUCCGCAGCAGACUCUCUACCUCGUAAAAAACUCUGGAUCUAACCCUGUGCUUUGUUAAAACACAGGCUCUAAGCCGGUGCUUUGAGAGGGUCAUAAUCAUAUGGCAAUCUAAAUGUGCUUUAUGUACAACACAUGUGGACAUUUCACCUUUCUAAAUGAUUUUUUUAUUUAUUAUAUUGGUUUUAAAUAAUAAUAAACUAAUAAUCUCUCAGGAGCUCGUGUCUGAGUCUGUCAGUGGCUGCUUCCGCCUCUCUCUCUUUCGGCAGCUCGAAGAAUCGCCCGUCUCUCUCACAGCUCAAACAAUCCUGUGCGUAAAAUCAGGCGCGACCCAACUCGAACGACCCUCCCCACAGCAGCUCGCGGUGUGACCCCUCUCCCUGACGAAGCUCUCACUGCAUGUGGAGCUCGUCGCUGUUCCGGGAGUUCGGGAGGCGGAGCUUAGAUAGUCCGACGAACUAGCUCCGCUUCCCGAAAAUUGAAACAGACCAGACACAUAAAUAGUGGAGCAUGUCAGUCCUUCUUCAGUUGAGCGGAGCUGAGGAAAGCUGCUGUGUCUAAAACUCUCGUACUGUGAUGCUGAACACGGAAGCAGCCAAUGAGGAGGAGGGAGUAACUAUCCCUCGGAGAGCCGAGCAGGCUCUGUGUUGUGUCAAAACACUGGGUUAGAUCCGGGUUUUUUUUAGACACCGGCUCCAACUCCGCAGCAGACUCUCUACCUCGUAAACAACUCUGGAUCUAACCCUGUGCUUUGUCAAAACACAGGCUCUAAGCCGGUGCUUUGAGAGGGUCAUAAUCAUAUGGCAAUCUAAAUGUGCUUUAUGUACAACACAUGUGGACAUUUCACCUUUCUAAAUGAUUGUUUUAUUUAUUAUAUUGGUUUUAGAUAAUAAUAAACUAAUACUCUCUCAGGAGCUCGUGUCUGAGUCUGUCUGUGGCUGCUUCCGCCUCUCUCUCUUUCGGCAGCUCGAGGAUUCUUCCGUCUCUCUCACAGCUCAAACAAUCCUGUGCGUAAAGUCAGGCACGAGCCAACUCGAACGACCCUCCCCACAGCAGCGGCUCGCGCUGUGAACCCUCUCCCUGUCGAAGCUCUCGCGCCAACUCAAUCCCUCUCAUAUGGAGCUCGUCGCUGCUUUCGCCGUUGGCUUCUCUAGUCUCACUCUCAGAUCAAGAUCCCUCCGCGUACAAUCUGACACACCAAAAAUAAAGUUGAACUCGGUCAGUUUGUCGUGUUUGAGCUCUUAACAUUCACGGACUCGAGUGAUUCUGUCUCAUAACCAGAAAUCCUCCCGUUGAGCCUCACGAAGACCUUUUUCAAAAUGUGCUGAAGUCUCCUCUCUUCAGGCUGUUUCCGUGUUUGCCUCUAACGUAAAAUCACACGCUCUCCUGCUCGGCUCUCGCUGCGUUAACUCACUCCUCACUGGCUGCUUCCAACUUCGGGGAGCCGGCUGUCGGGCACGAGCUCUCUCUCUCACAGCCUCCCUCUCUCUGUGUGUCUGACCAGCCAAUGAGAACAUGUUGAGCUGUGUCUUCACGGUGCCGGCUAUAGCGAGGCUCCCUCUUUCUCACAGCUGGGAAAAAAGGCCGAAUCUGAAAGAGCAGACUCCUCCCAAACGAGAUUCUGCCUCUCACUGCUCACUGAGAGAGAGAGCUCGUGGCCAACAGCCGGCCCCGUGAACACGGAAGCAGCCAAUGAGGAGGAGGGAGUAACUAUCCCUCCGAGAGCCGAGCAGGAGAGCGAGAGAGAAACAGUCUGAAAGAAGAGAGGAGGCUUCAGCACAGUUUGAAAAAGGAAAGCAGUCUUCGUGUGGCUCAACGGGAGGAUUUCUGGAAGAGAAAUAUGAUGGGUGAUCUUUUCGAGACAAAAACACAUGAGGCAGAGGGAGAAAAGUUCCUCAAGUAUCAGGACUUCACGGUAAUCAUAUAUCGCACUUUAAAUAUGCUUUUUGCACAACACAUGUAUGGACAUGUCACCUUUCUAAAUUAUUGUUUUAUUUAUUAUAUUGGGCUUAAAUCAUAAUAAACGAUAUAACUCUCUCAGGAGAGGUGCGCGAGUACUCUCCCACACAGCUGGGAAAAUGCUGCAUCCGCGAGCUUGCCGCACGAGAGAGGGAUCUGAUCUUUCAGAAUUAGCCUUUUCCCCCGAGCUGUGAGAGAGAGGUACCGGGCCCGACAUUCAGCGUGGUGAAUACACGGCUCAACAACCGCGAGCUUCCAUCGAGAAGUCGAGCCCGAGCCCUCUCUCUGAAAUCUCGGUUACAAUAAACUUGGAAUUCAGACUCCUCCCAUAAAUUUAACCGAAAUCAAAGAGUAUUUAAAGAGAGAGCAUUUGGAGAAGAUUCAGUCUGACUUGGGCUGCACUCUGUGGACACCUGCUGUAACUGCACCUCUCUCAGCGCUCUGAAAGAAUAGUAUUAACGAGAGAGCACUUGUAAUAAGCACAGGAUCCAGACGAAGAAGACGAGAUGGCAGCUCAUACUUUAUGCAUGUUCUUACUUAUUGUCCACCUUCCUCUCGUAGGAGGCCUAGCUGUCGAUACGAUAUUAGGAGACCAAGUUCAGUUUCCAGAGACUGAACAGUGCAGGGAGACAGGAGCGACACUUCAGCACACUUUGACAGGUGGAAGCAGUCAGCCUGUGGCUCGUCUGGAGGAUGUCUGGAAGCCGGCAGCAGGUUACAAAGACCGGAUGAGUCCAAACGAGUCCGUGGUCUUAAACAGGAGCAACAUCAACGACCAGGGACUGUACGGGCUAACCUGCGGCUCAGAGGAGAAACGUAUCCAUCUGAAUGUCAUCACAUCCUCUGAGAAAUCAGUGCCUGAGGGACAGGCUGCUGGUUUUACCUUCCACUACUUUACUGCAGGAGAACUCGGGAGGUACAGAGUGGAGAGAAACACACAGCUUGUGUUUGAGCUGGACCUCUCCUCCGGAAGCACCUCACAGGGCUCAGGGUUUGAGAACAGAACAUCUGUAGCCCCUCACUGGAGGACAGAUGGAGACCUGACUCUGACCCUGCAGGGGGUGAAGCCCGAGGACCGAGGAGAUUACUUUCUCUACGUCCUCAAGGACAGAAAGAGGGGACAUCUGCAGGCUGUGAGGAUGAGGGUCAGCCCUGCGCUGAAUACACCAGAGGAGAGGAACCCGGAACAGAUCACCUGCACCCCCCAGCCACCACGCCAGAAGAAGACCCCGUGGAUCACCAUCGCCAUCAUCGCUGCUCUGGUUCUGGUUGCACUUGGUGUUGUGUGUAGGCAGAGGAUCUGCAGAUCAAAUGUCUCAUCCGGUGGAGGAAGAUCUCUGACAGAAGAGGAGAGUCAACCCAUCACAGACCCUCGUGUUCCAGAAGAGAAUGGACACGCUUCAUUAGCUUAAUAUUUAUUUAUAAUGUCUUUUAUUUUCACUGCACUUUCCCUUCGAUGUCACACUUUUCCCCUCUCUCUGGGAAAAUAAGGGAUUUCUGAAUCUGAUCUUUUGCUUUGCCAAUAAAAUAAUAAAAUGUAUUUGUGUUGUGUUUGUGUGCUGGACUGGAGGUGAAUAUAUUUUCUCCAAAACAUUU